AUGCUUCUUGACAAAGUAUUACUGACAUCCAUAUUGGGACUUGCCGCUAGCUCAACAGCGCGCAUCAUCGCCACAGAUGAAGUCCCUUUCAUCGGUCCAUCCUUCCUCUCCAACUUUGAUCCCUCCAGUUCAACCGCGAUCAAAAACGCGAAAUCGAAGUUCCCUGGCCUCAUCGAUAACCUCUUCUCAACUGGCGAUCUCAAUAGCACAGACUUGGCCAUCCACAUUGACGUAUUUUCAGCUGCGACCAAUAAAUCAAUCUACAGUUAUUCGCAUGUCGGACAGAACUCAAAGCAUUCUUUGACAUCCGGAGAGCUCAAUGACAAGACCAUCUCGCGCAUUGGAAGUGUGACGAAACUCUUCACUGUCUACGCAAUCAUCGCCAAGGCUGGUAUAGAGGUAUUCAGCCACCCUGUGACGAAAUACCUUCCUGAACUGGGGGGUAAUUCGGCCAACGAUCCAUUGGAAGAAAUACGCUGGGAGGAUAUCACUGUUGGGGCGCUUGCAUCUCAGCAAGCUGGCUCUGGGGGUGCUGCUGACUUCAUCAAAAGCCAUGCGGACCCCGAGAAGCCAUUGGAAUAUGCGCCCGAAGAUCUUUUAAACUUCUUCCGCGACAAGAAAAAGCCCGUCAUCUCUCCAUUCCGAAAUGCCGUUUAUUCUGACGGCGGAUUUGCUAUCCUGGGCCAGGUACUUGCGCGCCUCUCAGGAAAGACCUACAGGGAAGCUGUCCAAGAGGUUCUAUUUGAUCCUUUGGGUUUGGAUAGUAUGUCGACAACUGUACCGACUGGCUCUGAUCUUAAUGUUAUCGAUCGCCGCAGUAUCGACAAGAACACAUCAUGGGCCAAUGAUGUGGAAGUUCUUGCGUCAACUGGCAGUUACUACUCUAACUCGGCAGAUCUCCGCACCGCAGGUCUUGCCAUCUUGAACUCCGAGAUCCUCUCCCCAGCCACAACAUCGCAAUGGAUGAAACCCAACAGUGGAACUGGAAGUUUAGUCGAGCUUGUCGGUGCUCCAUGGGAAAUCUCUCGUCUCGAGAUCCCCGUUACCCCAGGCUCAAACCGUACCCGGAUCUCCGAUCUAUACACUAAAGCCGGCGGUAACAUAGACUAUACAUCCAUCUUUGCUCUGUCUCCAGACCACGGGAUCGGCUACUCCAUCCUCGUCGCCGGUUUCACUGCGACGCCCGCCCGCUGGCCCCUCCGCGACUUGGUUGGCGAAACAUUCAUCCCCGCCGCCGAGCAUGCAGCCGCAGAAAACGCCAAGCAAAACUUGGCUGGCACCUUCGUCGACGAGAAAUCGCCUGAUACAAACAUCACACUAUCUGUUGACCGGGGCCGUCCCGGGCUUGGUCUGAAAUCGUUCUGGAUUAAGGGCGAGAAUUCCCGCGAUAGUGCGAAUCAGCGUCUCUACCCGACUGGUCUCAACUCGUUCUCGAGGUCUUUGUCUUCCCUGUACAAGACCAAGGGUGAGCUUCGUGUGGCGCACCGUAUGGUGGCGCCACAGCCACCUAUGAAGCCUCGUGCGGCUGUGGAAGGUGGAAAGGGUGGCUUGUUUGAUAACUCGUUUGUGUGGAUGAACCUUGACUUUGCUGGACCCUCUGAUGAGUUUAUCUUCAACUUGGUGGAUGGAAGACUUGUCAGUGUUGAGUAUCCUAUUGUCGGUUCUGUUCUCAAGCGAGUUUGA